AUGCAAUCGGGGCCUUGCAUCGAACCGUGUGUCAAUCCUCCAACGCAGGAGGUGCAGAUAGAAGAGCAAAUCGUGGAGGUACCCACAGUGCUGUACCAAGAGAAAGUGGUGGAGGUGCCCAAAAUACAGGAGACGAUCCUUCUGAAGCAAGUCCCGCGCGUUGAGGUGCAGGAAGUGACGAAAGAAGUGGCGAGACCAGUCUACGAGGUGAUCGAGAAGACUGUUGAGGUGCCACAUAUCCUAGUACACGAGCGUAUCGAGGAGGUUCCAAAAGUGGAGUAUGUGAACUUGGUGAAGCAGAUCCCCAAAACGCAGGUGCGAGAGGUGCCAAAGCAGGUUGGUGUGCCAGUCUACCAAUGCCGAGAACGGGUGGUCGAGGUUCCAACUGCCAUGGUUGCUGAGCAGAUGGUCGAGGUGCCGCAAGUUCACGUGGAGGAGCUUGUGAAAGAAGUACCCCGACCGGAGGUACAAGUUGUGGCAAAACCUGUGGAGAAGCCAGUCAAUGAGUAUGUCGAGAGGAUUGUGGAGGUCCCUCAUACAACGAUCCAGGAGUGCAUUGUCGAGGUGCCCAAGGUUGAGGUACAUGAGCUGGUGAAGCAGGUCCCGCGGCACGAGGUCCAAGUGGUCGAUAAGCAGGUCGAAAAGGUGGAAAUCCAAUAUGUCGAGAAGGUAGUGGAGGUUCCACAAAUCAUCUACGAGGAAAAGAUCGUGGAAGUGCCCACUGUUGAAGUACGCGAGGUGAUCAAGCAGGUUUCAAAGCCGGAGGUGAAGUACAUCGAGAAGCGGGUUCCCAAAAAGAUCGUCAAGUACGUGGAGAAGGUUGUGGAGGUUCCUCAGGUCAUCUACGAGGAACGAGCCAUCGAAGUUCCUGAAGUCAUCAAUGUGGAAGCAGUAACACAGGUGCCUCGGCCCCACAUCCAGUAUGUCAAGAAGGAGGUGCCGAAGGUUGUUCUACAGCCGCAGGAGAAGAUCAUCGAGGUGCCUGUGACCUUAACGCAGGAGCGCCCGGUCGAAGUGCCCCAGGUGCAGAUUGCGGAGUUGAUGAUUCAGGUGCCCAAGCCAGAAGUGGAAAUGGUGGACAAAGAGGUGCCGAAAGUGAUCUUGCAGCCAGAAGAAAGAAUUGUCGAAGUUCCCCAGGUUUUCUACGAGGAGCGAUUGCGGCACGUGCCACAAGUGCAGAUAGCUCAAGCUGUGAAGGAGGUGCCGAGCUACCAGAAGCAGGUGGUGCAGAAGCAAGUGCCAAAGAUAGUGGAGACCAAGGUGGUCGAGAAGGUUGUUCCUGUGCCCGUGAACCUGGUUCGGGAGACUGCUGUGGAGGUGCCCAAGGUGGUGCAGCACGAGGUGAUUCGGCAGAAAGCAUCGGGCGCCAUGCAGCAGAGAAUCAUCCAGACAGGUUGGCAGUACCAGCGCUCCGCAACAAAGGAGGAAGUCGUCGCAGGAACUGCAGAAGCUGAACACGGAGGCAUUUAUGAAGCCCCCGUUGCUUCUGUCCGUCAGAUUGCCCUUCCCAGCAACGAGGUGGAGGUGUCUGCUGUCAUCACGGAGCACUCGGUGUCUCACGAAGCUCCAGUGGUGACAACAGUCAACCUCGCCCCUACAUAUCAGCAGGAAACAACCUUCCAGCGCACAACGCUGCAGGAGCCAAUCCAGGGCCAGACCGGCUGGGGAAUGUGUCAGACGAUGGGCCAGGCACUGGUUCAGCCGAUGGGUGCUUACCAGACUCAGGUGGUGGGCACAACGGGCCGUUACCAGGGCCAGGCCGCCACCCAGGCUGCCCAGGCUGCCCAGGCCGCCCAGGCCGCCCAGGCCGCCCAGGCCGCUCAGGCCGCCCAGGCCUCCCAGGCCACGCAGGUCGCCCAAGCUGGCCUGGCUGUUGCCUCGGCGCGAGUGGCACCGGGAUACCUUCAGCUUCCAGGCGCUUGGCAGGAGGUGCGGCUACUGGAGGCUGGUGGCGCGGGUGGCGCCGGUGGCGCCGGUUGUGCCGGUGGCGCCGGUAGCGCCGGUGGUGCUGCGUACCUGGGCGCAGCCUUUGGUACUGCGGUGCCUGGAGCCGGGACCGUUCUUGGAUCACGCGAUGUGGCAGCUCUUCAAACGCAAGUUCAGACACAGGACUUGUCGGGGAUAAGCACCGGGAGAACUUCACGGUCACUCGAAACCAUUUCCUGCGCCAACUGUGGAAAUGUCUACAUGUCGGACUCCCACUUCUGCCGGAAAUGUGGCUUGCCAAGACCUGGUCACUCGACGGACCUCCAGGCUCUGAGAGCCCGUCAACUUGAGUCGGGUUGUUCACAGAUGGGGAUGAUGGGGCUUAGAUGGUUUUUGCAUGCAGCAUUCGUAGCACGCAUCGAAGAGCACACUGGCAUAUGUGGCUUUCUGCAUUCUGCACACCAGAAAGUAAAGAUCGACCAGUGGAUUCACGCGGUUGCGAAAGAAACUUGCAGCAGAUCAUGA